CAGUUCACAGUUCACAGUUGCUCAGGCGUUUCGAGAAUGGUGUAGUCGAAAACAAUUUCUUUUCUUUUAUAAAUAAAAGCAACACAACUUUGUGGGAUAGGUGUGUGUCACUGUCCACGAAACAUAGACUGACAAGAGUAGCUCUUAAAGAGUCGGCUAAUUAUAAUUCGGAACUGAACCGCCCCAGUAUCUCUCUCGGCUUUUACUUGGUGAACAACAUUCCGUUAACACAGGGAGCACGUUGUCAGCUAGCUUGAAGUGAAGCCACCAACCUAAACUGCCAUGGGUCAGAAAAUAGCACGGACAUGAUUUUGGAGCUGAUGUACCUGGUUAGGCUGUCAGAUUUCUGGGAUUUAAGUUGAAAACCACAGCUAUACUGUUAUGCUAGCUCUCUGAGUUGGACUGAUAUGGCCUCGGAACCAAAUCCUGCAGUUUUUCUCACUUCUGCUAUGGAGGAAAUAAGCUGUAUGUUACUCUGAGGUGAGAGUCUCUACAUACAGAGCUCGUCAUGAAAGCUCUCGGUGUGCGCUCGGCGUUCUACGUGGGCUUUGUGGUGGGAACGUGCACCUUGUACGUGCUCCUGCGACAGGUUGGGUUCACACGGAGCUUAGGGUCUCCUGAGCCCGAGACCCACGACACAAGCCUGCUGGAGAUGAUUGAAGAAGAAAACAAGAAUUGGAAGAAGGAGAGGUCGGCUCUCUUCAACCUCAAUCAUCCUCACCAUACAGGUGAGAAUGGUGCUCUGGCUGACACUCUUUAUAAGCGUGUACGCAUUUUAUGUUGGGUCAUGACUGGCCCUAAGAACCUUGAAAAGAAAGCUCGGCACGUGAAAGCCACGUGGAGUCGCCACUGCAAUAUCGUGGUCUUCAUAAGUUCUGUGGACGACCCUGAUUUUCCCACGGUGGGCCUUAACACCAAGGAAGGUCGGGAUCAGCUGUACUGGAAAACCAUUCGUGCUUUCCACUACGUCAUGGAGAAGCACGGGGACGAGGCAGACUGGUUUCUCAAAGCGGAUGACGACACUUACGUGGUUGUCGACAACCUGCGCUGGAUUCUGGCCAGCCACUCUCCAGAGGACCCGUUGUAUUUUGGUAGACGGUUUAAGCCGUACGUAAAACAGGGCUACAUGAGUGGGGGCGCCGGUUACGUGCUGAGCAAAGAGGCUCUGAGGAGGUUUGUGGAGGGCUUUCGCACCAAAGUGUGCACUCACACUAGCUCAGUGGAGGACCUAGCACUGGGUCAGUGUAUGGAGAAGAUAGGCGUUGUGGCAGGAGACUCCAGAGACACCAUAGGAAGAGAGACAUUCCAUCCUUUCGUACCAGAGUCGCAUCUCACUGGCACAUUUCCUAAGACCUUCUGGUAUUGGAACUACUGUUAUUACCCCAUUGUGCAGGGCCCACAGUGUUGCUCAGACCUGGCUGUUUCUUUCCACUAUAUGGAUUCGUCACACAUGUACCUGCUUGAAUACUACACUUACCACUUGCGUGCCUUUGGCUACAAAUACCGCUAUCAGCCCCCUGAACCCAAAAUCAUACAAGACCUCAAUGCCCCAGCCCCAGACAAAGUGGAAGCCGGAGACAUAGAGGAAAGGCUGGGGGUAGAAAAACAGGAAGAAGAGGAGAAAUCCCAUGAACUUAAUGUUAAACUAUAGCAGCUUUUUUGGGUAGGAAUUUUAAAAAAAUAACAUUUAAAAUCUUCCAAAAUAACUCUUUUUGGGAUGGCUUUAUGUUUUUUGGAUAAGGUCUUAAAAUGUCUUCUAUAUUGUGCCACAGAAAUGUGUGACUUACAAACUGGUAUAGUUUGGGAGUGUGAUCCUCUUAAUAAUGCAUUUGUAUUUCAAUGUUUAAAUUUAUAUAUAUAUAUAUAUAUAUAUAUAUGUAUAUGUAUGACGGUGCAGAAAUGUAUGAAAAAGGUUUGGAGUAUGUGGUUCAUAGGGUAUGAGUGUAGGAGCCUGCCUUAAUAGUAUAACAACAUUGGGUAAUAUUUUGGGGCCACAAGCAAGGCUCCCUCUACGUUCAUUAUACUUGGCAUUCAUUUAAAGAAAAUGUUCUAUAUAAAAAAUUAUGAAUCGUGUUUUCCUUGCACUGUGUAAUCAUAAACACGCCGCCAUGUAUGAACAGCAAUGCCAUAAGAAAAAGGGGCCUUGAUUUUUCCUUUCAUUUGCUCAUUCCCUUGAAUUAGUGGCUCUGCUCUGAGAAAAAUCAUGCACUUCCAUAUGUCCCCGGACCACAUUUGUAUUUCGUUUAGUCAAUAUUUAAACAGAGCAGCAUAUCAUAACUUUUAAUAGCUUGCAAACAAAUUCCACAAACAUUGAGUUUUCUCUACAGUCUGCAAUACCUUUGCCAAAGCGGAACAUCUGCUUUGACUAACAUUAUAUCAGUACUAAAAUGACCAGGAUGUAGUCCUUCAACUGACGCCAAAAUGGCAUAUUACCCUUCUCUGAGUGUUUAAGGGAUAGUUCAACCAAAAAUUUAAAUUGUCAUAAUUUACUCAACCUCAAGUUGUUCCUUACUUGUAUGAUUUUUUUUUUUCUUCUGUUGAACACAAAAGAAGAUAUUUUUUAGAAUGUGUGCUACCAGCAAUUGUUUGGUUGCACACAAUAUUUAAAAUAUGUUCUUAUGUGUUCAGCAGAAGAAAGAAAUUCAUACAGGCUUAAACCAUCAUGAGUGGAGGAUGACAAAGUGUUUAUUUUUGGGUGAACUACCCCAUUAACAAAGUUUCAAGAAUAUGGAAUAGUAUUCUAAUAAGAUCCUGUUGGCUGGCCCAAUAGUUCACGAGUGCCUGGGAAAGAAGCAGAGGUAGCAAGCUAGAUAAGACGGUGUAAGUAUACACAGUUUUUUUUUUU